UCGCAUCGCAGCCCAUCCGAUUCAUCCCUUUCAGUCUCACUCUCGAUUUGGGUUUCAACUAAAUCCUGAGCCUUUCAUCUCGUUUCAGUGAUCUGAAGGUUGAGAAAUGGCGGAAGGAGGUGACGGAAACUCUUUUUCGCUGAAUGUUCUGGUUCCAGAGUCGUAGAGAGGGAGAUGAUUCCGGCGGGCGGUUCUGGACGGAUCGACGUUAUGUUCUCCGAUCAUGUCGUUUCGACGAAGAAGACGGUCCCGGCGGGAAGUGGGAGGAGUAGGGUCAUACGUGUGUUCUUCGUCGAUGCCGAGGCCACCGACUCCUCGUCGAGCGACGAGGAGGAGCGCGGUGGCCUUGGGCGCCGAGUGAAGCGCCACGUGCGCGAGAUCCGGAUCGAGGGGGCGGCGCCGACACAGCGGAGGAUGAGGAGGAAGGUGAAGUCGGAGAAGAGGCCGGGAGAGGUGGGGAAACAGGGGAGGCGGUUCCGAGGGGUGCGGCGGCGGCCGUGGGGCCGCUGGGCGGCGGAGAUCCGGGACCCGAACCAGAGGAAGAGGGUGUGGCUCGGGACAUUCGACACAGCCGAGGCGGCGGCGGCGGCGUACGACGAGGCCGCCGUGAGGCUGAAGGGGACGAAGGCGGUGACAAACUUCCCGGAGAGGGCGACCUCGCCUCCACCUAAAAGUGACGGCGCCGCCGCCGGCUCGCGGUCUUCUCCUACGUCGGUGCUCCAGUACGGGAAGGACUGGACAGCGCCAGUCGAAUUCCUCGACUUCGGGUUAGAGGAAUUGGGAGGGCAGGCGCCGCCUUUCUCGCUGCCAGACUCGUACUGUUGCUCCUGGGCGAGUCCGAGACUGUGUGAGGUGGAGUUCGGUGACUUGGACCCGGAUGACUUCUGCUAACCAGCGUAGUUUUUUCCUUCGUUUUUUCCCCUUCUUGAUUUUUGUUUUCCUUUUUUUUCGGUGUGGAAAAUUGAGCGAUAAUGGAGCCAUUUUGAUGCGGAAGAGAAAAAUGUGGCGGCUGUUCUUCAAAUGCACUAAUGAGAAGGAAGAGUAUUUUUUUGGCCUUUUCUACUAAUUAAUUUUGUGUAUGCAGAUUUUAUUCAUCCUUUUUCAUUAUAAUAUUGGAUUUAGUCCAUUUGGAAUUAGGGAUGUCAUGUAAGACAAUAUCAUGAUUAUCUUUGGUAAAGGAUGGCAACUUUGGAACAUGUAUCGG